AGCUACUUAGUAGGCGGUACCAGCUAUGGCUGACAGAGAUGGCCUCAUUUCGAUGGAUUAUGAAGUGUUUGGGAAAGUCCAAGGGGUGUUUUUUUGCAAACACACACAGGUUCAAGGGAAAAAGUUAGGUGUGGUUGGCUGGGUCCAGAAUACAGAGUAUGGCACUGUGCAAGGACAGAUCCAAGACCUUACUUUCAAAGUGCAGCAGCUUAUAGAAUGGCUUCGAGAGACAGGAAGUCCCAAGUCCCACAUUAAAAAAGCAGAUUUUCGCAAUGAGAAGAAGAUAACCCAGUUAGAAUAUAGUGACUUUUGCAUUGUGAAAAAAUAA